AUGGGACGAAAUGAGUGGCCACCUAAGUAUGGAACAUAUUGGGAAUAUGGUGGAAAUAAUUUUAAUUCUUUUCCACCACAUUGGUGGCAUAAUCGAAGUUCGUUUACAAUAGAUAAUUACAUUAAAUUUAAAUAUGUAAUGGUAUAUUCAACGAAUUUUUCACAAGAUGAAGAUUAUUGGUAUGCAAACACAACAUGUCAAGUUGAUAGUGGAGAAAAUUAUCCAUGUGAAGAAAUUUAUUUUCGAAAGAAUACUCAAAUUCCUCUUCGAUUUACUCAAGUUGUACGUCGAGGUUGGGAUUUGAUUCAGAUAACAACAAACUAUAAAGUUAUAUCCAUGGGAAAACCAGAUGAUAAAUUUUUUAAUUCAAUUCCACAAGAUUGGUCAAGCAUUUGUCAAGAUAUUAACCUCGGUCUUCUCUAUUAUCCACUAUCGACAAAAUUAAAUUUACAUCAAAGUGUAGAAAUUCAUAUUUCACUCGCUGCUCCACCACAUCGAAUUGAUGGUAAUGAUACUGUUCGUAUUCAAUGGAAACCAACUUCAUGUGAUGAUUGUCUUACAUGGACACCAAAAGAACUCACUUUUAACACGAAUAAUUUUCAAGAAUACCAAAUAUUAACCAUUACUCGUGUUAAAGAUGGACCUAAAAUAACUCUACUGCCAAUUUUUGAUGGUGGAAGUUAUGAUCUUGUCCCACCAAAUAUUUAUCCUAUUUUUAUCGAAUAA